AUGGCCGCAGAUAACAUCCCAGACGCGGCUACAAAGGACGCCUCCGCCACGCCCUCCGCGGAGGUGAAUGGAAAAGGCGAGGAGACUGUGGGGGAGACGGACACGGUGCAAGGAGCUCCCUCUUCCAAGGAAGGUCCUUCCAAGGAGCUUCCUGGUAAAGAGGAAUCAGAAGGCUCUUCCAAGGAUGGUCCCCCUGCUCCGGAGGAUUCUUCGAAGGAGCAGUCUUCCAGCAAGGAGAACUCCUCUGCCAAAGAGGGCUCCGUUGCGGCAGACGGCUCCUCUUUGAAGGAGGGAUCUUGCAACACGCAGGAAGCUUCCGUGCAGCAGGAACAGCCUGCGAAGGAGGAGUCCUCUGCCAGAGAAGAUCCAUCCACGAAGCUUUCUUCAGAAACUCAGGCAGCAGAUACGGCCGCAGACGACAUUCCAGAAGAGGCGCCCCCGGCAAAAUGGAUCUGCCCAAAGUGCGAGGAGCCGAACAAGGCCACGCGCGACGUGUGCAACAAUUGCGGCGCGCCAAAGCCUGUCGCCGGUGCACCGGCUCAGGCGAAAGCCAAGGCCGCGCCGCCGCCGGAAAGAUGGGUCUGCCCAUACUGCGAUGAGGUAAACAAAGGAGAGAGGACGGCUUGCAACAGCUGCGGAGCACCCAGGCCGAAAGAGAAAUGGGUGUGUCCUCGCUGCGGGGAGCCCAACAAGCACGAGCGCAACGAGUGCAACAACUGCGGUUGGGUGAAAAGAAGCAAAUCUGUAAUCUCACUCGGGGAUUCAUCUGACGAGGAAAAGAAGGCCAAGGCGAAGGCUGCAGCCAAGCCGGCAGCGGCCAAGCCUGCCGCCGCGCCUGCCGCUGCCUCCACUGCGACAGGCCCGAGCAAGCGCAGCAGCUCUUCAAGCUCCUCGAGCAGCUCUUCCAGCAGCAGCUCGUCAGCGGAGAAGUUCAUCGGCAGUGCAGCCGAACGGAAGCUUCAUCCGUUCGAGCGCCGCAGCCCGUCGGACUACAGAAGACCCUUUGCGCGAGGGCGCAGACCACGCAGCCCUCGGAUGGGCAUGGGCACAGACGUCCGUGACCGCCGAGAUCGCGGGGGUCGAGAUGGGAAUGCUCGGGAUGGGGAGCAGCGCGAUCGGCGCGACUACGCGGACAACCGCGAGUACGGUGAGGGCCGGGACCGAGAUCGAGGUGAUCGAGACCGGGACAGAGAGCAGAAUCGUGGCCGGGACCAGCGUGACCGCGAAGACAAGCGGGAUCGUGACCGAGACCGGGACCGGGAUAACCGGGACCGGCGAGACAAGGACCGACGAGAGCGUCGGGACAGUCGCGACAAUCGCUCUGGCCGAGACGGUCGGAGGUCGCGCUCGCGCGGCCGUCGUGCAGCGGACGGAGAGGCAGAUGGUCGCCAGGAGGACUGGCAAUGGCGUGAGAAGCGCGCAGAUGACAAUGGCAGCUGGAACAACUCGGCUGAGCAGGCGAGCAGCCGGGAAGGACAAGGCUGGCCCAAUCAAAGGUCCGAAACUUGGGGCCAGGAAGAGGCCUGGAACCAAAAGAACAACAGCCAGGAGGAAUGGUGGAACUCGAUGCCCAGGUCCAAGUCGUGGCAGGCGGGUGAUGCCUUUCCGCAAGAGGCAGCGCCAGCUGCUGGUGACUGGGGCCAGGCCCAGAGCCCGCAGGGCGACUCGUGGAACAACCAGCGAUGGAACGACUGGGACGGACAACUGCAGAACAAGCGCGGUCGGGAGAUGAGCCUGGAUGGAUCAUGGCAGGCAAUGGACGGCCGGGAGCCCUUGAAGAGACAAAAGCAGGAUUUUGGCGAUUCCUGGAUGCGACCGCAGGACGGUCUGGACAAGCCAGGCAAGAAGGAGAAGAAGGAGAAGAAAGACAAAGCAGAGAAGAAGGAGCGAAAGACGAGAACUGGCCGUGACCCGCCUGUGCGGCUGCACGGCAACCUUUGGGAGGUGCCCAGACAGAACAUUGGGCUGCAGCUGAUCAAGGACCGCGCAGACAUGUACAACUGGCAGUACCCCUUCUGGGAUGACUCCCGGCGAAGUUUCGCUGGCCUUCUUCGAUCGCCCUGGACACCACAGCAGUGUAGCCAGUUCUACAGCAUGAUCCAGAAUGGUACGAACUGGAUCCAACCUGUUGGCGAGAAGGGACCCAUGCCGCGAAAGACGGCAUGGCUGGUGAGGAAGGGCUGCGAAUGCAGCUACAGCUAUGGGCCCUUCGAGGUCCCACCGGCAGAGUUCCCACCCUGGAUGGUCCAAUUGAUGUCCGAGGUCAUGCCCUUCUGUGGAUUCACGAGCGUCGGAGAAUGGCCAGACUGUUGCAAUUUGAACCUCUACACGGAUGGAGCCUCGACUGUGGGCUGGCACUCAGACGACGAGGCUCUCUUCCAAGGUCGAUACCAGGACAUCACGAUCAUCUCCAUGUCCCUCGGCGUUCCGAGGACCUUUGAGUUGCGCUACCUCUACCCGGAGGAGCAUGAAGAAGCAGUGCUCCACCGCUUUGUGCUCGGCAGCGGGGACUUGAUGACCAUGGAGGGCAUGGCCCAGAAACACACGCAGCACCGGGUCCCCAAAGAGCCGGCCUUUGGUGCACGGAUCAACCUGACCUGGCGUUGGGUCCGGAAGCACAAGCCGCACUGCCCUGCGGGGCACGCUUGGAGAUAA